GUUCCAAUACAAUUUGAAAACAAAUGAUGAAAAUACUAAUAUAUUUUUUAAUAAUUGUCGCCACUGUAAACUUAACAAAAGGAGCUGACAACCAUGACGACGACGAUGAUACUUCAAUGGUUUUAUCCGACAAAUGGGAGUAUUGUUUCGAAUUCACUUGGCUAGGUCCCGAUUACAAUAAUUACACAAUUUACAAUGGAACAUGCCAAGAGUAUUUGGACGAAAAACGUGCGAAAGAUGUGCCCUGCAGCCCUCCAAUUGUUAUAACUGAUAACGGCCAACCACCAAAUAUGACAUGGUUGUGGGAGAACAAGCUAAACAGCAUUCUGUGCUUGCAAAGUGCAAACAAAGUCUGCGCCAGGUAUACCUACAAGUUUAAUGGAAGAGCUCAAAACAUCACGUACAUGUGCACAAAGGCUCAGAAGGUGGGAUACGGCGCGGCAACCAGCGGUUGCUACACUCAAAACUCCGGUAUUUAUAGCAAAAAUACUACUAAAAUGCACACAGUACUUCAACGAGGAAAUUCAAUUUUGGCUUAUGCCCUUAGCGUGUUAGCAUGUUUAACUUUUGCCUGCUUCGUAUCGACUGUAUUCCUCGAUUAUAGGACUAAUGCGAAAAUGAACACAGUCAAAGUUGUUGUAAAAAACGUACCUGACUACAGCGCGUCCAGAGAAAAGAACGAUUUAGGUUUUCUAACAUUUGAUCUUCAAACUGACCUGACACAUUUGUUCAACUGGAAUGUUAAGCAGUUGUUCUUGUAUCUCACUGCUGAAUAUGAAACGCCCAACAAUGAACUUAAUCAGGUUGUGUUAUGGGAUAAAAUCAUAUUGAGAGGGGAAAAUGCUGUACUCGACUUCAAGAAUAUGAACACCAAAUAUUACUUCUGGGAUGAUGGCAAUGGUUUGAAGGGAAACAAGAAUAUCACAUUAACUCUAUCAUGGAACAUCAUCCCAAAUGCUGGUUUGCUACCAAACAUUUUUGCUCAUGGACAACAUACAUUCCAAUUUCCAGUGGAAUAUACAUCUUCUAGAGUGUGAAUAAAUUGAAAGACAUUUUUUAUAAAAAAUAAUUUAUUAAGUGAAUAAUAAAAAUUAUUAAAUCUGAAA